GGAACGAAGCAGAGACGCCGCCAAAAGAAAGCAGAAUUUCAAGACUGGCUGACUGAUUGGGUUGAGGUACCACCUUUCCCAAUUUUUUAAAAAUGGAACCUUUGUCAUUCAGUGUGAAAAACCCGGAGGCAUCCAAUGACGGUUCUGUUGAUUUCCGCCUUCAGCUGAUCGGUUCGAUGCCGGUCCAUUCUUUAACCACGAUGCCCAUGCUUCCUUGGAUCGUAGCCCAGAUCCGACAGCUCAGCAUUCAGCCAUCAAAGGAAGAGCCUGACGCUCGCCAAAUUCGGAUCUACAUCUCCCCUGCCAAGAUACGGUGUGAAGCAGACUCAGGGAAAAACCAGCAGUGGGAUCCUUUGAUCUGUUCCAGCCUCUUUGAGUGUCGGCCUCAAGAUGUCCACAAGCUGAUUCACAACAGUGAUGAUCCCAGUUACUUCGCCUGCUUGAUCAAAGAUGGGUCCUCACACCGGCCAAGUAUCUGCUACGUUUUCAAAGCCGAUGAUCAAACCAAGGUGCCUGAGAUUAUCAGCACCAUCAGACAAGCAGGGAAGAUCUCUCGUCAGGAAGACUUUCAGAGCCAACCUGAAGAUCCUUUCAGCAAGAAGUUUGAGGUGCUGUUUUGCGGCCGGGUGACGGUCGCACACAAAAACGCCCCUCCGGCCUUCAUCGAUGAAUGCAUCGAGAAAUUCAACGAUGUGAGUGAUACCAAAAACCUGGACCUGCCCCGUCAAAAUGACAGCGCCGAUCACUCCAGUGGCUUUUCCCUAAGUGACAAAUUCCGCUCCGUCUUCCAAUCUUCGGCGAGCGAAGAAGAGACCGCGAAGCCCUUGAGGAAGUCUUACUCUCAGCCCGGCCUCCCUUCUUUUGCGUUGAAAAGGGAUGUGCAGAGCUGGAGCCUGAAGAGCCACAGCCUGGCCCGAUCCUUGGAUGAAGAUGAUGUCGUUUCUCUCAACUUAAAAAGUCAGUUUAUCCAGGGACAGAAUGUACAGCCGACAGAUAUUGCUGGGAACCGGAUUAUGUUGUUCACGAUUGGGCAGUCUGAAGUUUACAUCAUAAGUCCCGAAACCAAAAAAGUAGUUAUUGAGAAAAGCUUUAAAGAAAUAUCCUUUUGCUCCCAGGGAAUUUGUCACGUGGAUCACUUUGGAUUCAUCUGCAGAGAACCUUCCAAAAACAGAGGCUUCCAUUUUGUCUGUUACGUAUUUCAAUGUACAGAUGAAGCUCUGGUGGACGAGAUCAUGAUGACCUUGAAACAGGCAUUCAGUGUGGCAGCCAGCCAGCAAAAUUUCAAAGCCCAACUGCAGUUCUGUGAUGAAUGUCCUAUGCAAAUUCUUCAUAAGCUUUGUGAAAAGAUAGAAGGGAUGCAUCCUUCUAAAACUAAGUUGGAAUUGCAAAAACAUUUAACAGCAUUGAAUAACCAGGAGCAAGCUUCGAUUUUUGAGGAAGUUCAGAAAAUAAGGCCAAGAAAUGAACAGAAGGAGAAUGAGCUCAUCAUCUCUAUCCUGAGAAACAUGUAUGAAGAAAAACAGAAGGAUCAUGUUCACCUUGGGGAAGUUAAACAGACGGGCCAGUCCACUGGAGAAGCCAUGGGAAACGAAAUGCCAAACAGCACAAGUCGGUUCAAGCUUGACGUGCUGAAGAACAAAGCCAAGAGGUCGCUUACCGAAUCCUUGGAAAAUAUUUUAUCUCGGGGAAAUAAAAGUAAGAGCCUACAGGACGCUGCUGGAAGUAUUGAUUUGGAUAGCUCCUUAUCCAGCACGCUCAGUACUAUAAGUAAAGAAACAUCUAUCAGCGACCAGGAAAACCCUUUCCCCCCGGACAGCCUUCUAAAACCAAACGGGUCGGUGGACAAUCUUGAUCUUCUCUCGACUGCAUCUGAAGGAUCAUCUGAAGAACUUCCUACCCAAUCAGCCUACCAGGGCUUCAGAAGACGCGCUAACACCCUGACUCACGUUCCGUUGGAAGCCCAGGAGUCGUUCGAAUCGGUUGAAACUUCUCCGCCUGUUUCCCAAAGAAAACUUCUGAGGUAUCAUUCCAUGACCACAGAGGCUCCAGACCAGCAAAACGCUGCCAGCAACUCUAAGCCGCCAGCUGCUGCCCGGCCUCCUCCAGCUCAACUUCCAUCCUCGGCCUCCUCACCCAAUUUCUUCAAGCGCCUUAGGCAUAGCUCAAGUGGAGGAGAACAAGGCAGGCAGGCCAUGCCAAAGAGCACCUCCUACCGUUCCUCUUUCCAGAAAAAGCUUCACACCUCUUCUUCUGUACCAAAUUUCUUAAAAUUCCUGGCUCCUGUAGAUGAAAAUGUCACGUCUGACUUUAGGAAACCUACCAGACAUAACAAAUCCAAUGAAGCAGAUUUGGUCCCCGAGACCCCAGUGAAGGUUCGACGGCAUUCUUGGAGGCAGCAGAUAUUUUUAAGAGUGGCAACACCCCAAAAAGGAUGCGACUCUUCUGGUUGGCAUGAAGGUAAAAUGAAUCCAAUUUUUCUUUAUUUCUCCCCCCCCCCCCCCCGCCAUCCCCCCAGUAGAAUAGACUGAAUUAAGUUUUUAACU